UCACGGAACUGUCAAAUCUUCAUUUCUGCUCUGGUCUAAUACCUUCUACCUACUACCUUGUAAGUUGGUGCAUACGACCUGCCUAAACAUUUCCUCCACGAUAACUGGUACACUAUUAAUGUCAAUUCAUUCGCUUUGUCCGGUCGUAACAUGGAUUCCCUCCAAGUCUCCCUUUGCACGCCAAUCUUUAAGCAAGUUGAUGUAACUCACAUAGCCUUCACCCCAUGCCGAAGCGCGAGCAGCUUUGAGCUCUUCUACCGGAUCUUUGAGACGGGCAUGCUCUCCUUGGCUGUUGAAGUAUCCUGGCGUGCAUCCAGGAACAGCAGCGAACCAUCCGGAUCUCUUGACCACCUCGUCGGCCCAUCGUUCCUCGGCGUCCUUCUCAACCUCGACGACAACCUGGCCGGGACGAUCAACGUCUUUAUGCGCCUGUGCGACUAUCCAGGCGACCUGCUUGGAGACCGUGUCGAGGGCGGACAUGAAGUUGGCCGUGAACCCAAGCUGGGAGAGACCAGGGAGGAAGAAGAAGUUGGGGAACCCGUUCGAUGCCAAGCCAUGCAGAGUGCUGCACCCUUCUUCUCGCCACUUCGCCUCCAUAUCCCGCCCGUCACGGCCGGUGACUCGGAAGUUUCCACGAGAUGCCGGACACCCAGACCCAGCAACGAGCCCGACGAUGUAGCCCGUGCUGAGAACGAGAAUGUCGAUCGGAUAUUCCUUGCCAUUCGCGAUCACACCGGUGGCCGUCAUUGAGUCUACGCCCUUCCCAUCAGUGUCGACGAGUGUGACAUUGGGCUUGUUGAAUGCGGGGAGGUAGUCGUCGUGGAACGUAGGACGCUUGCACCAUACGGGGUACCAGGCCUUAAGAUUCUCGGCUGUGGCAGGAUCUUGGACGAUCUCGUCCACCCGGGCCCUCACUCUCUCGGCGCGGGGAAGGUCAACGGCAUUUAGUGCGGCGAUAUGGUCGGGGACCUUAUCGGGCGUGAUAAACGUGGGAGUUGGUGCUCCGUUGAUGCCACAAUAUGCAGGCAUUUUGCACCAGCCGUCCGCCACCAGAUCCGGGCCCUCGGGUGUGUUGACCAUAAUCAGAUUGAAAUUCAUCGCGCGGGCCUGCUGCCAGCCUUUCCCGGUGGCGAUCUUCGUCUUCCAUUCGAUAGGAUCAGUGCGGCGCUGGCCUCGCACGUCGACGCUCGACGGUGUUCGCUGGAAGACGUAAAGAUGUUUCGCCCACUUGGCCAGUUCAGGCACGACUUGAAUGGCUGUCGCACCAGUGCCUAUGAUGCCCACGCGCUUGUCUUUGAGCUUGUCCAUGGUCCAAUCUGUCGGUGUUCCCCCGGUGACCGGAUAGUUCCAUCGAGCGGUGUGAAACAUAGUGCCCUGGAACGUGUCCAUGCCAGGCAGCAGCGGUAUCUGAGGCGAAACGAUCGCUCCAGCGGCCUGACAUAGGAACUGCCGACUUUCCAUCGCUUCUGAUCGUCGAGCCACUGCGCCUCGUGAUAGACCGUUCUGAAGGACCCGUUGUUCUUGAGCCCGUAGUGCUCUGCGAUGUGUUCGGCGUGUUCUCGCAGUUCGUUCCCAUAGGCAUACUUGAAUGUCGGCAUGUGUCCGAGUUCCUCCAGCAGGGGCAUAUAGAUGUAGCUUUCGAUGUCACACAUCAGGCCUGGAUACCGAUUCCAGUACCAAGUCCCACCAAAUCCGCCUGCCGCGUCGACGAAGCGAAUGCUCGCCGGGUCGAAACCAGCCUCGACCAGACGCGCAGCCAGCACAAGCGCACCAUAACCGGCGCCGAGAAGGAGGAACUUGAUGUCGUCUCCGUCGUUCAGCACAUGCUGUGCAUUGUUGAGAGCAUCGUGAUCGACCCAUGGGUCGGUCUCGAGUUGCUUGAACUUGUCCGACAGCGCGAGCUCCACAAACUGCGAGGUUCCAUCUGAACGCAGCCGCUUCUCGCGCUCUUGAAGGUAUUUGUCUGGGAUACCGGUUUCGCGGAGGCCGUUCAUUGUGGAGUUGGGACUGGAAGGUACUUCUGUAGGGCUUUUAUACCAUUCAUCGGCUUCGCUCCGUGGUAUGGGAAGGGAACUGCUCACCCGAUGAGAUUAGACAGCUGACGAGUCUGCCCUCGAGAAUGAUUGAGCCAUGCUCGAAACUGGAUUGGACUUCACAAGAGGUUGGACAUCCCAGACCAUUGGUGGAUGUCGAGGAGGUGUAGCUGCAAGUACCCAGCCCAUCUGGCUAUCAUCAAUGAGGGUCGGCGCAAUCCAGAUAAGGGUCACGUUAUCGCAUUUCACGGCAGAGCCAACGUCGGAACAGGAAUGCCGCUGUACCCCGCAUUCUCUUUGAGCCACUUAGACUCGAAGCCUCGGGCUCAAGCUCCUUCUUCAUCGAUGCAGAAACAAGCCAAGCAGCAAGAAGGCUUCCCAGUCAGUUUGGACUAAUGACCAUCAGCCCAGCUGAUUAGGUGCUGACUUGAACGAAGAGGUGCGUGAUCGGAAAAUCGUGGCCAACGGUCCCACGACACACCACACUCCCAAAUUGGGAAAUUGCUUGGUGGGAGCAAAUAUCGGCGAUCGACUGCAGGAACACUCUGAUGUAGUGGUUGACAACGACAGAGGACAGAAAUGUCCUCAGCAUCCCCUGUAGGUACCCUCGUAUGAGUCUUCUCCCCUCAAAAUUACUCCUCCCAGUGUAGAUGGUAGUCGCGUCGUUACUAUAGGUUUCUGGGUGCUCAGCACUCUUUCCAGGCCACGUACUACUUCCAGACCGCAUGCAUUCACAUAGUAAUUGAGACUGUGCUAUUGAUCGUA